AGUGCUUCGGACGUCUUUUUCCUUGGCUCCGCAGGUCUCCUAGUAUGAAGGAGGUGAAGAGCGAGCGGGAUCGGGGGAGCCGACGAAGGCACCGGGACGGCGACAUGGUGGCGGCGGCGGUGGUGGUGAAGCAGGAGCGCCUCAGCCCGGAAUCCGUGCCUCCCGUGCACCGCCGCCCGGACUCCUCCGGCGGUAGCCCGUCCCCACCGGCCGGCGAGUCGGGCCGCCCGAGUCACCGCGGGAACCGAGCCCGAGGAGGUAGCCGGUCUCCAGCCAAAAAGAAAAACAAGUCCUCAGGGAGAAGAAGCAAGUCUCCCCGGAGUAAGAGAAGCCGAAGUCCUCACCACUCAACAGUCAAAGUAAAGCAGGAACGUGAGGAUCAUCCCCGGAGAGGCCGGGAGGAUCGGCCACACCGAGAACCCUCAGGACAGGAACACAGGCGAGCUAGGAACAGUGACCGAGACAGACACCGCGGCCAUUCCCACCAGAGGAGAAGCUCGGUCGAGAGGCCUGGCAGCGGGCAGCCUCAGGGACGGGAUCGAGAUGCCCAGAACCUACAGGCGCAGGAAUCUGAGCGGGAGUUUCACAAUGCCCGGCGCCGGGAGCACCGCCAGAAGAACGAAGCCGGCGGUAAUGCAUCUCAGGACUCACUUCCUCAGCCUGGCCCUGGCAGCAACAACAAAGACAAAGAAGUGCCUGUUAAAGAAAAGCCAAGCUUUGAACUUUCUGGGGCACUUCUUGAGGACACCAACACCUUUCGGGGUGUAGUCAUUAAAUACAGCGAGCCCCCGGAAGCACGUAUCCCCAAAAAACGGUGGCGUCUCUACCCCUUUAAAAAUGAUGAGGUGCUUCCAGUGAUGUACAUCCACCGGCAGAGCGCUUACCUCCUGGGCCGACACCGCCGCAUCGCAGACAUUCCCAUCGAUCACCCCUCCUGUUCAAAGCAGCAUGCCGUCUUUCAGUACCGGCUUGUGGAAUAUACCCGUGCUGAUGGGACAGUUGGCCGCAGGGUGAAGCCCUACAUCAUCGACCUUGGCUCAGGCAAUGGAACGUUCCUGAACAACAAGCGAAUUGAGCCCCAGAGAUACUACGAACUGAAGGAAAAGGAUGUCCUUAAAUUUGGGUUCAGCAGCAGAGAGUAUGUUCUGCUCCAUGAGUCCUCUGACACCUCUGAAGUAGACAGGAAGGAAGACGAGGAUGAGGAGGAGGAGGAGGAAGUAUCUGACAGCUAGCAAACUGGAAAACAAGCCAAACUCUCGAGAGACCUUUUCUCUCUGCGAAAGCUUUGGGAUUGACUCAAAGGGCACCGCCGUGCUCUCUGUAACGCCUCUUAUUGCCUUAAGUCUUUCUUCUGUUGCUGACCAGCCUACGUUUCAGUGUAAGAAAACUGACUUGUGUUUGGUUGAACUUUCUUCUGUGGCACGUCAGCCACAUGCCGUGGGCAUUUGUUUUCUGAACAGUCUCACCAACACAUCGUGUUUUAGUAGAAGCAUCGUGGCUUGAGUUGGUGCUUUCAGAACUACUGUGCAGGAAACUAUAAAGCCCUGGUUGAAGGGGAAUUGUGGCUUGCUUUCUUUGUACAGUUACUUUAUUUAUAUUGUUGUUAAGCUUUGUGGACCGGGUUUGUUUUUGUCUUGGGGGCAAAGCCCUGAACAGAGAAUCUUACUCAGCUUUGGUUAUCACCAAAACAGCCUCCAGAGUAUACCAAAGCUUUGACCUGGUUGAGCUCUUGAGUCAUAGAAAUUGAUU